AAAUGCAUGGGGGCCCCCGAGAGGUGUAGUUCGCGCCAUGCUUUUCAGUCGAGUACACUCUCCGGACGCGGUUAAACGUGCUUUCGGCCGGGGCGCGCGCGCAAAACUUCACGCUUACGUGGGUACCAAAGUAGCAGGCAGCUAGAAGAGCCCGGCAAACUAAAACAAUAACAGCCAGCCAACAGUGCCGAAGAAUAAUUGUUCUCCACGAGGGAGUACAGCAGCUUGUUCACAUUAAAAAAAGUGAACCUUCGCCAUGGUUCAGUGAGAAAAAAGUCACCUAAGGUUACCUGUAUGUUCUGUGUGCACAUGGUCGGCAUCCGUAUUGUUGUUUGAAUGAGUGUGAAAAAAAACCUCUGAAAAGGGAAGUGAUUUUAAUUUGAAAUGUUUGGCGGUUUGCUGUCUCCAUACGGCAAAAGUUGUGCCGUUUCUGUUUAAUUUGUGUACCGGCAUGCUGUUAUGAUACCAGAAUCCAAGUCUGUGACUGACUCAUCGAAUGAAGCAACAGGUGGAAAGUUCAAACCGUUGUUGUUGGUGUCUGGGUAUCUCGGAAAUUGUGACUAUCGGAUUACUGUUGCGCUACGCCAGUUUCUUCAGUUGACAUGCAGUUAGAGGUUGAAUCUGUUAUCAUCGCUACACUACAUAAGGUGAAAAGAUGAACGCGUAUCAACGAUGGAUUACACAAUCAUUCAGAACACAUUCCCGACGGAUUUUUGUAAAGUGGUUGUCAAAAAACGAAAGGCUUCGUUCUACAAGUUUAGAAAAGUUCGAUUAAAGUGGAUAUAUGACAGUGCAUUGUGGUUGGUGGCGUUAUUUUCGAUAAUUCCCAUAGUGUCAUGUAACCGCCCGCCUCGGUUUCUGAUCGAUGGUCAUUCGGAAAUUGUGCUUAGGUUGAAAGAGGGCCCUGACACGCCGGUCGGUUCUCAGAUUUACAAAUUGAAAGGCUAUGAUCCCGAUGGCGAUCCUUUAACGUUCGGAGUUCGCGAAGCAGUGGAUAGUGAUGUGAUAAGAGUUGAACGAAGUGGAGUGAAUGAAGCAAACGUGUAUUUGAACAAAGAGCUCGAUCGGGAAACCAAAGAUGAGUAUUCUUUGAUAUUGACGCUGAGCGAUGGACGGCUGGGUGAAUUUUCCGUUACCCAAAGUAUGUUGCUCCUGGUGGAAGAUAUAAACGACAACGAACCAAUAUUCAAGCCAUACACAUCGGCUGUGGAAGUUUCAGAGGACAGCAAACCGGGGAUAAUUGCUACCGUUGAGGCGACCGACCGUGACGAAGGAGCAUAUGGCCAGGUGGUUUACUACUUGGAAGAAUUGGAUGGGGAUAAUGAUGUGUUCACCGUAUCAACCACCUACGGAAAGGGGAUUAUUCGUUUAGUUGGCUCAUUAGAUUAUGAAAGGAAAAGUUUGUACCAGCUGCGCGUCCUAGCGAAGGACAGAGCCAAUCAGGGAAGAACUAAUACUGGAACGGCUGCAAUACUCGUGAAAGUUAAAGAUGUCGAAGAUCAGCCGCCAGAGUUUAUCGUGGCAUCUGCAGUAAUACGAGUGCCGGAGGAUGCUCCAAUUGGAACAACAGUAACUCAAGUCAAAGCUAUCGAUGGAGAUCGAGGCGUCAACAACCGGAUAAGGUAUUCCAUCCCUCGUAAUACCAGCAGCCCGUUUAGGAUUGACGGAGCUCUGGGCACAAUCGCCACCACUAUGCAACUGGAUCGAGAGGAUCCUAGAAAUCGAGCCAAUGCCGCAUACAUUCUGGAAGUUGUUGCAACGGAGCAAAACUCAAAAAUUAAGCCACCGCCAUCAAUUCGAACGGAAAUCACAAUCAUCAUUACGGAUGUUAAUGAUGAAACACCAACCUUCAGAAGUCACUCGUAUGAAAGUGAAAUCAACGAGAAUGCUCAGGAAAAUACUCCCGUUUCGUUUCUUGGCUUUUCCCGGAACGAAGUGUUCGAUUACGACCAAGGUUAUAACGGCACUUUCGAUCUCUACUUAGAGCCAAAUAAUGGGCUUUUCGAAAUAACUCCCAGUAGGGCAGUGAACGAAGCCACUUUUGUUCUGCGUGUGAAGGACUCCACACUGUUGGACUACGAAAAAGUGAAAUCAAUGAAUUUUACGAUUCAUGCCAGGGAAAUUGCUCCGGAGGGUAAGCACAGUAUGGCAACAAUUGUCGUCCACGUGAGGGAUCAAAACGAUAACUUUCCCGAAUUCUCAAAAGCAAUUUACGAAUGUUACCUGCCAGAGAACAGUGGGGUAGGGGCAUUGUUGACACAGAUACAGGCAGUUGAUGUCGAUUCAGGUGAUUUUGGUACGACUGGCAUCCGAUUCAUCAAUUUGUCGGGCAGUAUUGCAGACCUGUUGGCACUGAAUCCAUUGACUGGAGUCAUAACCAUUAAGGCACCGGGAGGACAUGCCCUGGACCGUGAGCUAGUUCAGAAACAUUAUCUAACAAUAGAGGCGAGGGACAAUCUAGGUCGAGGGAACCGCAAUUCUGUGCAGUUGGUCGUACACAUUCUCGACGUCAAUGACAAUGCCCCAGUGUUUUUACAAAGUAUGUACGAGGCGCGGUUGAUGGAGAACAAAUUGUCUUUUGAGACACCGCUAAUACUGGAAGCAAGAGAUGCUGAUUUGAAUGGAUCCAAAAACAGUGAAAUUAGGUUCGAAAUUGUUGAGGGGCAAUUCAAAGAGAACUUCACCAUAGAUGCAAAGUUAGGCAAAUUAGUACCUCUUACUCCCAUCGAUUUUGAGCUUCUCACCAGUGGAACGUUCAACAUUCGUCCAAUUUACUUAACCGUGCUCGCAUCGGAUGGGGGAGUGCCAAAGCUAAGCACAAAGGUCCCCGUCACCAUACAUGUACAAGAUGUAAAUGACCAUGCUCCGCAAUUUCUGCAUUCAGCCUACAUGCAGUCUGUUCCAGAGAAUUUGCCAAGUGGCAGUCCCAUCCUAGAAGUUAAGGCUAUUGACAAAGACGGAUCAUCGCCAAAUAAUUUCAUCGUUUAUCGGAUACAGAGCGGAGCAAGUGACAAGUUUGUUAUCAGUCCCGAUACUGGGGUUAUUUCCGUAGCUACGGGCGCAAGCUUGGAUCCGGAUAUGACUGAUCCCAAAACGACCGAAUAUUCGCUCAGUGUGUUGGCCCUUGACGGGGGAGUUGGCGAGCAUCAGUUACAAAGCCUCUGCAGGGUGAACAUAUCGAUCAAGGAUGUGAACAACAAACCACCGUACUUUUUGGAUCCAGGAACAAUAUCUAUUCGGGAGAAUACACCCGUUGGAACGUAUGCGUAUCGACUGCUGGCCAAUGAUCUUGAUAGAGAACCCAUUCUGCGGUAUUACAUGGACAGCAACACUUCGGAGGCUCGAUCGGAAGAAGGCGCACUGGUAAAAAUCAGCGAAUAUGACUAUUUAUCGGCGUUUAUGCUGAAUUCAACCGAUGGACUGAUACGGGUGAUAAAACUGCUGGACCGAGAAAAGGUGGAAAUAAUCAAAUUAGGAUUUAUUGUCGAGGACAUUGCGGCCGAAUUCGGAAAGCAAACGGCGACGACCACGUUGACCAUCGUGGUGGAGGAUGAGAACGACAAUAAUCCCAAAUUCAGAAACUCGUUCUACAAGCGUUCCAUCCCGGAAAACAGCCCCCACGGUGUGACGAUUAUGAGCGUGGUUGCGUACGACAUGGACAAAAAUAAAACCAUUCGUUACAGCUUGGAGGGACCGAAGGAAAUAAUGGAUCUUCUUCAUCUGGACGCGGAAACGGGGGAAAUUGUAGUUGCCAACAAAAUUGACUAUGAAGUUUUUCCAUGGCUGAACUUUACCGUGAGAGCGACGGACUCGGGACAUCCACCUAGGUCAUCAUUGGCGGAAGUAUUCAUUCAGGUGAUUGAUGAAAAUGAUAACAAUCCGUACUUUCCAAACGACGUGACAAAUUUCACGGUUUAUGAAAAUUCAAUGAUCGGAACGAGGAUUGCCAACAUACAAGCUCAUGAUCCAGACUCAGGAGCGUUUGGUAAAAUAACGUAUUUAAUUGAUCGAGUUAGUGCCAGUGGAAAGUUUUCAAUUGAUCCAGACACAGGACUACUAGUAGUGGCAGAUUUCUUAGACAGAGAGAAGCAAGAUUCCUACAUGGUGGUGAUCGAGGCUUGGGAUAACUAUCAAUUUGGAUAUCUCAGCGGUGAAAGUCGAAAUGCCUUCAAACAAAUAUUCGUUUCCGUCCUGGAUGAGAACGAUAACGCCCCAAUCAUACAGGUGCCAGAUGGUUGUGUGCAGGUGACUGAAUUCUACGACAUUCGCGAACCCUUGCUGGUUCUGAAAGCCACGGAUGCCGACGACCCAAAGACAGGAAACGGCUUAAUUGGAUUUGACAUCAUCGACGUCGCUGGGUCGGACAUAUUUUUCCUAAGGCAAAAGGAGCGGGGCGUGGCGGAGAUUUUUUCCAGCCGGUCGUUGAGCAAUUCCUAUGGUAACUAUUCAUUGCUAAUAAUGGCACGGGAUGAAGGUAGUCCCCCGAAUAGCGUUAACGAAAAAAUCGAUAUCUGUGUGCUGGAUUUCAAUGAUCAUGCUCCCGAGUUUGUGUCACCCUCUUAUAAUAUAACUAUUCGAAUUCCGGAGAAUGCAACCGUUGGUACCAUGAUAAUUCAAGUCAUGGCAAAGGAUAACGAUAUUGGCCCGAAUGCUGCUGUUAAAUAUCGCUUCAAACCCGAUCCCUUGGGUAGUUUUAGAUCGUUUUCAAUUGAUGAAGAUACUGGCUCAAUCACCCUUAAGUUGCCCCUCGACCGGGAACGCCAGAAGGUCCACGAGCUUCGAGUGGAGGCCUACGACCAGGGCAUUCCGACGCCACUAAGUUCUGAUUUGGACCUUGCCAUAUACGUUCGUAACGUGAACGAUUAUGAGCCGCAGUUUCUGGUUGAGGAGAUAACUGUUAACUUUACGGAACAUGCCAGGCCUGGAUUGGAACGCAGGCAGCUACCAGACACAAUCGACCGAGAUGAAGUCGAUGAUUUGGAUGAUCCUCCUACUACGGUGUGCUAUUUCAUUGUGCAUGGCAACGAAAAUGGCCACUUUAAGUUGGAUCCACAUUCGCAUAUAUUAACGGUGGCAAAAGAGCUGGAUCGGGAGACCAAAUCCAAUCAUACGCUUAUUGUGAAGGCAACAGAGGAUUGCAUCAAUACUCCACCAAGCAUAAGCCUCAGUCGACCGGAAGCUGUCGCUCUUCAGCACAGACCAACGCCGCCGUUCAACAAUCAUCAAAGGACAACCAAACCGACGACUUCAGUAGCGAGCCAGUAUGUCAAUAUUUAUGAACGUUAUAAGAAGUCUCGCAGUCUGGAUACUCCACCAAGGGGCGAAAAUAACAGCAUCCCGAAGAGCGUGGAUUGGCAUGCUGACGGCGGGUCGCUAUCUUCCUCGUUUCUUAUGCCACACUUUGAGAAAUACACGGGAGAGCUGUUUUACCACAAUGACAACACGCUGGUGCGGGUGCUGGUGCAUGUACAAGAUAUCAACGAUAAUCCGCCGGUAUUUAUACAGAAGAUUUUUACCGGCGGAGUCACCACAUCCACCGUGUUUGGUACUCAAUUCCUCAAGCUUACGGCAAUCGAUCGCGAUGACGGCGCACAUGGCCAGGUGAGCUACUACCAAAUAGGAGAAAUCAAAAAAACACUCACCGAAGGAUUGGAAAAUGUGCAAAAACCGCCAUUUCUGGUCGACCGCCGAACUGGAGCAGUUCAAUUAAAUUUCGACCCGCAAAAGGGGAUGAAGGGCUAUUUUGAUUUUAAAGUUUUAGCCAACGACAGCGCCGGACACUCCGACGAGGCCCAUGUAUUCAUUUACCUAUUACGGGAGGAUCAAAGAGUAAAGUUUGUCCUUCGCUUGCAGCCGACCGAAGUGCGGGAGAAAAUUUUCACUUUCCGAGACGUGCUGAGUGACGUGAGUAGCAGUAUCGUGAACAUUGACGACUUUCGCAUACACGAGAAUCGCGACGGGUCGGUGGAUAAAACCAAAACUGAUUUAUACCUGCACCUGGUGAACCGGCAGGAUAAUUCCAUUCUGGAGGUUUCGGAAGUUUUAAAAAUCGUGGAUCAAAACAUCGAAAAGCUGGAUGAGCUGUUCAAGGAAUUCAACGUUCUCGACACACAGGCAUCAGAAGCAUCGUUUUUCGUAGCAGAAUUAUCCGGCGCCCCCAUGUUAAUAUGGUUAUUUGUGUCCAAUUUGUUUAUCGGAGCGCUUCUCGUCGUCGUGCUAGGACUCUGUGCGUCACAACGUGCCAGCUACCGGCGCCAGUUGCGGGCUGCCCGUGUCGCCAAUUAUGCGGCAGCGCAUUCCGAUUUAGUGGCACGAGGUGCCAUCAACUCUGUUCCGAACACCAACAAGCACAGCGUCGAAGGCAGCAAUCCCAUCUGGAUGAAAGCAUACGAGAACGAGUGGUUUAAAAACGACGACGAUCUUACUAAAAACAUUUCCGGUCCGGAAUCGAUGGACGACAACGUAAUCAACUCGGAUGACUACGUGGCAAAGAUGUACAAUACGGACAGGUACGACAUCGUGAAACAGUACAAUUUAUAUUCACAAAUUGACAAACUAACGAAUGGGAACAUACUCACGAAAAAACUUGAAACAACAGAGCUUUAAUUUUUAUGGAAGUAAAUUUAAAAAACUUUAUAAAAAAAAAAACUUCAAUUGCAGUA